CCUCUCCUAGCUCUCGCCCUUCAUUCAGCUGUUCAGCCCACACGCACUGGUCAUACUCAACAAACAUAGACGGCCACCUUCAUACCAAGCUGCAAGCGGGCUAUUCUCAAUCAUGUCUACUACCACAACUGAAAAUCCGAUUACAAGUAGAACGGUAUCCGUUCUAGCGGACUACGAAUUGCACCACAGCGAGCCGCAAGCCCCCUCCGCGCCGAGCCAAACACCCAUUCAACCCUCAGUCCAACAACCUGCAAAUUGGCCCGUGGAUCAUCUUCGAGUACCAGCCUAUCGACCGAUUAAUCGAAAUCUCGAUUGGAACGAGCGCUCGGCGGGAAGUCACCCAGCUGAAGUGGCUUUCGUUCAGAUCAUGUUGCACGGUGUCUGGAUUAAUGCGGCUGUUUCGCGGCUCUGGCAUAACACAUUAGGACGUGUGAACGAUAGGAUCUUUCGGUAUGAGGUUGGGGGCGAGUGGUAGAUAGGUCUAUCGGCUAUGUAGCGAGUGAACUGGUAUCUAAACAAUUG